AUGCAGGCUUCAGUGGAAGGUGUUUCCUCAACGGGCUCGCCUCCUUGUAUUCACGAUCCGGACAUGUCAGGGCCUUUAGACUCGCAUCCUGACUUCGAGUUUUUUGACGCGGAUCCGGCGGGAGACGCUUCGAGCAAUUUAGACAUAUUCUUCGCCGAAGACCUAGCGACACACGACUCGGGAAUCGUACAUUUUAACUCACCAGCGACUUCUGGAUACAAGAGUCCGCUCCAGGGUAAAGCACCAAUCAUCGACACAACAGUCCUGCAUCCUAUUUCUGCGCCAUCGACAGCCUCUCCUGCAGGUUCUCUUCGAGAUUCAUCUUCAGAAUCGUCUGGAUACAAGCGCAAGUCGAGCUCGGAAUCAUCUCGGUCAGCGCUCACGGCUGGGGAUAUCCUAAUGACUGACGAGGAGAUGGCCGAUUGGAAAAUGGACGAUUUGAUGGGUGAUCUGGGUGCGAACGACACAUCAGCUGUGUUUGGAAUGUGUGAUGAAACAAUCGACCCCACCUCGAUAGAUAAUUACGAAUUCAACGACAAAACCAUGGAGAACGAUUUUGAUUUUGAGAGCGCUGCAAGUAGUCCGAGUCCCUUCACUUUUGGUAGCGUCAGUAUGGAUUCCCCCGAGAUGCCAAUGAUUAGACACGAUACGCCUCAAAGGAAGUCGCCAGCCAGAAGUCCUCGUUUCAAUAAGAGCCAUAUCAAGACAACUUCACAACAUUCUGUCACACAUUCUAUGAAUAAUCUUACUACAACCACCUCGAGAGAAGCAUCGCCUCUCUCUGCAAUGGUCACGAGUCAGGAGUCUUCUCCAGCCGCUUGGUUCAGUAGUUCGCCUUCUCCAGUGACGGGUACAGAGUUUCUAAGUGGUACUAUAGCUGCCAACGGAGCACAAUUCUCACCCUGGUCAACGAAUUUUAGCCUUCAUAAUAACCACGGUCUUGCCUCUGUACAGCAACAGCAGCCAAACAUGAGUUCACAAUCCCAGGUGCUACAAGUUCACCAGCAGCAACAGCAGGUACCUAAAUUGACGGCAUCGCAAGGACUUGCGCCAAUGGGCUCCCCUUUCAAACCUCUUUUGAGUAUACAUCCUACACCCAUGAAAUCCCGCGUUGAGACACAAAUACCUAUCAAAUUAACCCUUUACCCAAUGCCCAAGGGUAUUACAAAGCUUCAUCUUCCAACGCACACCAUAUCUAAGCCAAAGUUGCUGGCCAAGCCGACGCCCGAGCGAGCUCCAGACACACUUGAGCUAUAUACCACCCUAGUCUGCACUAGUGCUAUGCAGGACCCAGAAAAUAGGCGCCGGGCUUUCGAAAGAGCUGCCUCAAAGCCUGUGAAAUUAGAAACAAAGUCAGAUGAUGAAGAUGUGGAAGAGAAGGAGGAAGAUAAGGCUUUGAAUGGUGGAGAUGUUAAGAUCUGUCCUGGGUGCAUUACACGCGAGCGUAAACGCGCGGCACGAAAGAAGGUCAAGAAAGUGGAAGAGGAAGAAUCAUGGAUAAAGGAUGAAGCUAAGCGCGUCAUUGUUUUCAACACACAUGAAACCAAAGAUUGGCAGGCGCCCAGUAGCCAACCAGCGACAGACGCGAUUUCAAUUUCAGAGAGAGAAGAGCCAUUUAUUCCAGAUGGAGCAAUGCAAGUUGACGCGCCCAUGCGUAUUGCUUGCUACUGCCGACAUCAGAAUGAGAAGCUCGGUUUUCAAGUCAUAUUUACUAUUAAAGACCAUCAGGAUCGCUUAAUAGCUCAGGCUAUGACAAAUUCGAUCAUGAUUACGGAUGAUCACAAGACACAUAAUAUACCGUCUUUGAAUACUCAAAGUUCAAACGGCUCAGAUGGUCAACUAUUUAACGGAACAGCGCCUUAUUCCGCCGACCCAGGCUUUGAUCAUAUCGCUGGGCUAGCUGGUAACAUGGGCCCUUUUCGUAGUUCUCUCUCUACCUCGGAUUUACAGAGCCUGCGGGGUGGUUUCAAUCCACAAUUCCCCCACGGUAUGAACAUGAAUCCGUCUUCCCAUCCAUCGCAAACGACCUCAGCCACUAUGACUCCCAGGAACAUGUCUCGUCAGGCGUCACCAUCGGCAAUGUCUGGGCCUACUUCUAAGAAAAGAAAGGCUAGUGGAUCCGGGAAGGUCCCUACAGGCCUAGCAAUGACUCGUCUAGAGACUGGACAACUCGGAGGUUUGGGACAACCGGCGCCAAUAUCAGUUCCAGUAUCUACAGCGGCAUCCCCAUUCACACCUAACAUGCACUCAUUCCCUAUGUCGGACAUACCAUUUGGCCAACCCGCAACCACCAUGUCCACUAUUCAACAGCAAUACAACACUGGACCGCCAACGCCAAACAGCAACGAGCAGUUGUUCUUGGGAAAUAACAACAGAUCCUUGUCUAUGGAAAACCUUGCUAUGGCUCAUCCACUAUUUUCGGCGCCACCGUCAGCGCAUCCCAGUCGUGCCCCAAGUCCGAAUGGUCCAAGAAAUGGAGUGCCACCGUACCAGCAGCAACAUCAAAUGGGCCAAGCUGCUACAAACGGGUUAUAUAGCAUGCCUAUGGCUUUCAAUUCAAGUCGACCUCCGACGAUUCACAAACUGAUUCCCAAUGAGGGUCCUAAAGCAGGUGGCGUUGAGGUAACGUGCUUGGGCAGCGGAUUUUUUCAAGGUCUGGAAGUAAUGUUUGGUGAAACAAAAGCUACCACAACUACGUUCUGGGGUGAAAAUUCGCUCGUGUGUUUACUGCCACCAUCAGGUUUCGCGGGAACUGUCCCUGUAACCUUCCGGCAGCAGCAACAAAUGCACUACGCUCAGGGCCUACCGAAAUCACAAGCCUUCUUCAAAUAUAUCGACGAUGAUGAGCAACAGCUUAUUAGGACCGCGCUUGCUGUCCUUGGUCACAAAAUGACUGGGAAGAUGGAGGAUGUUCGAGAUCUUGCUCGGAGGAUUGUUGGGGACGGGAGUUCAUCUUGGGGCGGAGCUGCAAAUCAGUCUCCAUCCAGUGGACAAGGAACCCAACAGAUGUCAGGCUUCAGCGCUGCUACCUUUGGCGUCGACGUGGAAGCAACUCUCUUAAAAUGCUUUGAUUUAAUUGAUCUUGAUGACAGCCCACACAUGCCUCGUCUCAACCUCAAACGAACUUCUUCAAAGCACACCAUGCUUCAUUACGCUUGUUCCUUGGGUCUCAAUCGUGUUGUUGCGGCUUUGCUAGCGCGAGGCGCAAACCCUAUUUCGGCGGACAAGGGCGGUUACACUCCAAUGCACUUUGCUGCGUUGCACAAUCAUCCACAGAUUGUCAGGCGUCUCAUGCUCAGUGGAGCCGAUCCUUCGAUCAGGAGUCUGCGGGGCUACACAGUAUCAGACAUGGCAACUUCCGAAGAGGUAAUUCGGAUGACUCGCCGUAUCGAGCAUCACUCAAGGACGCGUAGUGGUUCUUCGAUGAAGAGUAGAACUAACAGUGCCACUUCACUGAGAUCUGUCUGGGAGCCUCUUGCAAGAUCCUCGUCUGUUGAGCAGGCUUAUGAAGCUGACAGCGACGAUGGCAAUAAUGAAUAUGAGGACGAGGAUGCGGACGCUGCUAAUGACGGAGCGUUCUGGAUGAGGUCAACAAGACGCCAAAGCACCCAGAAACAGAGGCCGGAAGUCAUCGAGCCGCAAGCUGCGACUCUGGCGCUUCCGGACCAAGCUGGCUUCGCGGCACCUGCGGCGGCUAUGACUGCUUUCCGUGAUCACAUGAUUGCCCAGGUACAGCAGUUCCAGCAAACUAUGCAUCUGAAUCUUCCAAACCUACCGCAAAUGCCAACUCUUCCAGGCUAUCAGAAUUACCUGGGACCAAACGCUCCUAUGGUGCGGCGUAUCAGCAACUUAGUUACUAGUCGACAGGAUGGUGCAGGUACUACAAAAGAGCAAGAGUACAAGUGGUGGGAUUUGUUUACUGGCAACGUUCCCACCGCACCUCCAGCUUACGAGGACAUCUUCCCACAAGGUGAACCGGACACGAAGGUAGACAUCGCAACCCGAGCUGCGACGCAAGCGAGUGCCGAUGCUGUUGCGGACAAUAAGUGUUCUGAGCUGUUCGAUCACGCCGAAAGCUCAUCCACAGCGCAAAAGAGACCAUUGAUCUUAGAAACCGUUAGAAUCGGUAAUCAGCAUACGAUUACGCGAGAGCAACAGGAACAAUUGAGACUAGCACACGCCGAAAAGGUUAAGAGGCUAAGUCGGGAUCGAAACUUGUUCUUCAUUUGGAUUCCACUUCUCACUGUCGUUAUUUUCGCCAUGUUAUAUAAUCGUGUUCCGCAAGUCUGGACGCGUGUCUCAUCGUUCAUUGAGUCAAUGCAAAUACGCCGACAACAAGCACACCUCGUCGAAACUCGGUGA